GCCGCCUCGGUCGUUAGGCAGCCUGCUUGAGCUUGUUGUGUUGUGUCUACUUGACGCGGCGGACACUUGUCGGGCGCGUGGCCAGGACUUAGUAACGCCGCCUGCACGAAUAGCCGGGCGCUGAGUUGGAGACGUUGACGGUUGCCCGCACGGAAUAGAGAGUAGCUGCAUCUGCCGCGGGGACACCCAGCGGACAUCUGAUCCAGCAUCCAGCGCUGCUUCUUGAUCAGGACGAUGGCGUCGACGGCCUGGCUGCCCCUCCACUCGGCAUCUCCCGAUCGCCGAUCAGACUUUGAUAUCCUGAAGUCCUCUGCGGGCAACUCCUACACCCGCGAGCGCAAAAUGUCCAUCGACUUCACCCCCUCGGGCACCCCCCAGGGCAUGUACGGCCAGCCCGACCUCGACCACCCCUUCAGCUCCCUCCAGUCCGGUGGCGAGCUGGGCUCGUCGCAUCACUCCAAUGGCACCCCUGGGGGCGCCAUGCACAUGAAUCCCCACUCUCUUGAUCGCGUAGAUGCCCUCGACGUCCCGGACCAGGGUUACGACAUCUUCUCCGGCCCAUCCUCCAGCUCUCUGUCAGGCCAGCGCUUCAACGCGACCACAGGGCCCUCUUCCUCCAUGCCCACCAACUAUAGCCUCGGCAACGACGCUAUGUACUCCCAGAACCCCUUCUCCGACAGUAUGUCGUCGUUCCCUACCUCUAACACCGGCUCAUACGACAUGAUGGGCGGUCUCCCCUCCACUCUCGGUAACGGUAAACCUUCGUCGCUCACGCCAGGUGACGGCGUCAGUAACUUCCACCGUCCUUCUGGCUUCUCUUUCGGCGGUCAGGCGAAGGACUUUCACGGUCACGACGUCUUCCAGGACGUCGACAGACGCGCUGGUAGUGUUGGCUCAGGGAACUACCACUCCGAGUUCAGCAAUGACUACGGUGCCAUGAGCAGCGGUCCCGGUAUGGGCAUGGGCUUCAACCCCUCACAGCUGCAGCAAUUUCCGGACCGCAUGGGGCGUAUGUCUACUGAUUCGCGAUACGUCUCUCCUCUCUCGCUUCCCAACCACCUGCACCAAGGCCCCGGGAGUGAUAUGCUACGUGGGGUCAAUCCUCAUGCCAUGCAUGGCUUCAGGUCCGAUGGUUCGCUGCCGUCAUAUGAUGACAUGGGUCAGUAUCUGGCGCCCAAUCCUCAAGGAGACUUCCCCCUUCGAAUUCCAAGCGUCGACUUAUCGCGCAUGCGCCUUCAGCAGUCGUCUGCUGCCGCCACCGACUUGCAGACUUUCAUACGCCCGUACCUAGACCAGUAUGUUCGGUCGACCAACCGACUAGCGUUCGGCGAGCGCACAGUCAUCGUUAUGUCCAGUAAGGUUGCGCAAAAGUCGUACGGCACUGAAAAGCGCUUCCUUUGUCCCCCGCCCACCGCGAUCAUGAUUGGUAAUUCAUGGUGGUCCGACGUCGUCCGCCGGGGCGAAGAGCCCAAACUCUGCCCUCCCCGGGUGGUCGUCUCGAUCUCCGGCGAACCUGCGCCGCAAGAGGGGACCAUCGAGUGGACAGGCGCAACAGGCAAAGCGUUUGACGUCUCUGACCCGCCCAGCGGGACUACGUAUCUGGGGCGCUGUGUUGGCAAGCAGCUCUUUAUCUCUGACGUCGACGAAAAGAAGAAAAAGGUCGAAGCCCUCGUUAAGAUUAUGGCGCCCUCCGCCGAAGACGAGCCGGAGCGCGUGAUAGGGAUCUUCCCCAGUCGCCCGAUCAAGGUCAUCAGCAAACCGAGCAAGAAGAGACAAAGCGCUAAGAAUCUCGAGCUGUGUAUCAAUCAUGGCUCUACGAUCUCGUUGUUCCACCGUCUGCGCUCGCAGACGGUGUCAACGAAGUAUCUCUGCGUGUCGGGCUCCGGGUCUUCGUUCAAAGGGUCUGACGGCGCGCCGCUCAUGGGCUUGGAUCAGCGGGUACGGACACAGACACCGUCAUUCAUUGCCCGGACGGCCAGUUGGGACCCUUUUAUCGUGUACAUUGUCGACGUCAACAAGCCCGCCGGUGGAGUCGACUCGCCGCCUCCGCCGCCGCUCUUCCCCGAGUACCCCUCGCCGCCGCCGAAUGCGAUCCCGUUUACCAACAACGGGUCGCAGAUACCCGUCUACUACAAUCAGACGGUCGUAUUACAGUGUCUGACUUCGGGUGUUGUCAGCCCUGUGCUGAUUAUUCGGAAAGUCGACCACCAGACGAUUGUUGUUGGCGGCGGUCUUCAAGAGGGCGCGAAGGGCAUUGCCGACCACUACUGCUCAGUAAGCGAAGUGUGUGGCGAUCCCGUGUCGCAGUUGCACAAGAUCGCGUUUGAGGUGUACGAUCCCAGCCGCGGCGCUCCGGAGCCCGGCACCCCUGGCCAGAGCGGCGCUUUCCUCUCGUGCAUGGGCGAGAAGGUCAACACCUACCGCCCGGUCGAGGGCCGCCAAUGGAACUCUCCACAAGGCGGUGCGUCGCGCGACGGCGACUCGCCUACGGCAACGCCUGCUUCGCCGGGUGACACCACGCCGACGUCUACUGCCGGUUCUGCGGACUAUUUCGGCUCCGGGAGCAUGAGCAGCACCCCGACGUCGCCGGACGCGACUGAUUUCCCGACCAACGACGGUGGCCGAGUCAAGAAGCCCAAGCGAGGAUCGUCGAGUACGGGUGGCAUCUCGAAGCCAGCCUCCCAGAAGGGGAGACGACGGCCAACUUCCGCGGGUUCUGCAGGCUCUGGACGUCGCGGCUCCGCGAGCGAUUCGACCGCAUCGUCAGGGGCCCUCUGGCAGGUUGACAUCGGCGAGACAAGCGUGUGGACGAUCGUGGGGACCGACCAAAUCCGGUACAACUUCUACGUGCCCCCCGUCCUUUUCGACAACCAAAAUGCUCCUCAGACUGGCUCGUUCCCGAUCCCGUCGAAGCCUGUCACUCCCUUCCCAGGAGUGGUGAAGUACCUCCCGCCCGACAGAGCGGCGGAAAUCCCGAAGCACCACACGGCUGGGCGAGCGGCUCUCGCGAAGCCGAACCCUCAUACGUCGAAGAUGCUCACCGUCUAUGGGGAGAACUUCUCCAAGACGGAUCCUGUCACCGUCUUCUUCGGGUCAGAGCCCUCGCCUUAUGUGGAGGUUCGGUGCGGCGAGGUCCUCGGGUGCCUGCCGCCAGAAUCGCAAGUCACAAAGCGCCGGCCCAUCAUCCUGGUGCGUUACGACGGCGUCGUCUUCCCCUCCAACGUGAUGUAUCCAUGAACAUUUUUAUACCUGCUGUCCGCCCCAUGUGUACAUAUGCUCCUAUUGUCGCGCUCCUACUGUUCGUUGGUCUACCUCGCAUUUACUAUCGCAUCUCUCGCUAUCAUGAUUUAUCGUCUGUCCUUGCAGUAGAUCUAUAUUGUUGCGCAUCCGUCGGAUUUGCUGGUGGAUAUGAAGCCUUAGGCCGCUCUGUACUUGUAUCGAUAGAAUCGGAAUAAACAUGUCUAUCCUGUGUCGCUCCC